GGGGGCGCGCAUGCCGGCGAGUGGUUGCGAGCCAUUCUUACGGGCGUCGCGGACCACCAUCGGGAUGGGGCUGCCAUCAACGUCGCGAGUCGGCGCAAGCAACGGCGCUACCCUGAACUGGCCGGCCCGGGCCCGCAACGCCUCGUCGUCCUGGCUGCGGAGGUCGGCGGGCGAUGGGGGCAAGAGGCGCACAACCUCGUCCGCAGCCUCGUGCAACAGCGCUCCCUGCGCGCGCCGCGGGCGCUGCGUGCUGCGGCCCGCGCGGGGUGGGAGCACCGGUGGUGGGGGCAGCUCGGAUGCGCGUUGCCGCGCGCCUUGGCCUCGACGCUGUUGGGCGGCCGCUGGCGAGCGCCGGUGCAGCUUACUGGAGACGAGCAAACACC